AUUUGAUCGGAGAGAUAAAGAGAAAGAAAUUGUUAAGCUAAUCUAUCGUGUUUGCGUAGAAAACAAAACAGAGCAAACAAAAGCAAACUUGGUUUCCUCCUAAAUCAAGUCAUUAGCAUUAUUCUUUGUCCCCGGAAAGUCCCAAACUUGUGUUAGUUUUUUAGUUUAGUUUAUAAUCAGACCGGUUAUCAAUGGACCAAACCGCCGCCAUAAUCUCUGACCGGGUCAACGUCAACGGGAAGGUGACGCAGCUCUCUCUGCUCGCCGACGGGAGGCUGUGGUGGCCGGAAGGUGAUCAACGGAAUUUGACCAUCGAAAAAGAGCUUCUCGGCUUCACCGCCGACGCUCCCAACAUCAGGCUCAAAACCAUCGUGGAGAGCGAAAAUGGAUGCUGCGGUUGCGGGAGCAGAGGAAAACUGCUCCGAAACGACGUCGUGUUUAGGCCCUCGUCUGAGGAAUCGCACCGGCUCUGGUGCCUGAAGCUUCGUGAAUUCAUCGAUUCUCUCGGACGACCUAAGAGGCUCUUUGUUUUUGUUAAUCCUUUUGGGGGCACCAAAUCUGCUACCAAUAUUUUUCGCCAACAAGUCAAACCUCUUCUUGAAGAUGCACAAUUGCAACUAACAGUUCAAGAAACCAAGCAUCAGCUCCACGCGAAGCAAGUUGUUGAGUCACUUGAUUUUUCCAAGUACGAUGGAAUUGUUUGUGUUAGUGGAGAUGGGAUUUUGGUUGAGGUUGUAAAUGGACUGCUUCAGAGGCAGGACUGGGAGACUGCAAUAAAGAUGCCCCUUGGGGUAGUUCCAGCAGGUACGGGAAAUGGCAUGGCAAAGUCUCUUCUCGAUUCAGUUGGUGAUCCUUGUACUGUAUCCAAUGCUGUUCUUGCCAUUAUACGAGGCCGUAAGCGAUCACUCGAUGUGGUCACCAUCACACAAGGGGAAACCAGAUUUUUCAGUGUGUUGAUGCUUGCAUGGGGUCUGGUGGCUGAUAUUGACAUCGAGUCUGAAAAGUAUCGGUGGAUGGGAAGUGCUCGCAUAGAUUUUUAUGCUCUCACUCGAAUCAUCAAUUUGAGGCAUUACACUGGAUGUCUUUAUUUUGUGCCUGCACCUGGUUUUGAAGCUUACGGGGAGCCCACUAGUUACCCUGGCAUUUCUACUAUCAAAGGCAGCAAUAGUGACCUAAUUGAUGAGGAACAACCAGUGACGUUAAAAAGGCUAGGGUAUCAGGGACCCGAAAUUGACUUGGACAAUCCGGGUUGGAGAGUUUUAAAUGGACCAUUUAUUUCUGUAUGGCUUCACAAUGUGCCUUGGGGUAGUGAAAACGUCAAGCCUGCACCAGAUGCAAAGUUCUCAGAUGGUUAUCUGGACUUGAUCGUCAUGAAGAAUUGCCCAAAAUUACCAUUACUAUCAAUAAUGUCAGAUUUGAAUAAUGGGGGUCAUGUAAAGUCGCCAUAUAUUAUGUACCUAAAGGUGAAAGUUAUGGUUUUGGAACCUGGCCCGCGCUUGGGGGACCAAGAAAAGGAAGGGAUCAUAGAUGUAGAUGGUGAGGUUCUGGCAAGGGGGAAAGGAUCGUACCGAUGUGAGGAGAAGACUUUGAUGGCCUAUGAUAAACUUCAAAUAACAGUGGAUCAAGGUUUAGCUACUCUUUUUACUCCUAUAUAAAAGACUUGAUUUUUUUAUACCAAAAAAAGAAAAACAAAAUAAAGAAAGAAAAGACUCUUGGUUUAAUAAUUUUCCCCAUUUUAUUUUAUUUAGGGGUGUUUAUUUGA